ACCGGUACCACAUUCGGAUGCUUAAGUGACCCGUUUCAACACCCUCAUUCCGCCGUCCUCGUCGAAUUUCUUUCUGUCCGCUCUGCUACCAUCUAUCCCUAGGUAUUUCUCGCAGCUUAUGCAUCGGGCUUACACAUCGUUCAGCCAACAGACAUACGAAACCGGUUUUACCUUCCCUCCCAGACCUAGAGGCUCAGAAGUUGUGUUUGCUCAUUCAGAUUGCACGCUCUGGCUACUGCGGCUGUCGACCUUGGUUUGUUUCCAAUCGCUGUUGGACAAAGCCAUCGGAUGGUGAGUAAUGCAACACAAAAGCUAUUUUUCUAACUUAGAGCAGUGCAGCCUGCUCUGAGGCGUAUAUAUGCAUACCCGGACGCAAGGUAGAUGUCAUGGACCCCGCGGGGGGGGGGUCUUUGCAAUCUUCUGUUGUACCUAUCAUUUUCAGGGAUCAUGCAGCUCCCAGGUCGCAUCAGCAGCGCUGGAGCCCGCAUACGUAAACCAUGUGAUACCAUCUGUUAGAGUUGCCUUGCCCAAUUCUCACGGUCUCUUGCGCUGGAGCACACACGUCUACGCGAUGUUGAUGUUUGUGAUAAGAACGCGGCCUUUUGUGUCUAUAGGUUCAUCGAGGCAACGUGCUGCCGCUAUAAGAGGGCGAACCCAUCGUGUAUUUGAUACAUGGCUCUUUGAAAUUCUCUGUGGUAUGAUCUACCUCGACAUCCAGUAUUAGCCCAGGUGGCCUGUUUCCUGUCUCCUCUGAUUUUGACCUCGCCUUCUCUUGAGGCAUGAGAAAUACCUUACUUUCUUGUCAGCAAGUAUCUACGAGGUGUAGGUGUUGGUAGGUGGGGCCGUCAUUGCAACCUCAGGUUGUUCAUCUAAAAAAAAAAAAAACCCCCCAACCGACGAAAUAGCCCUCUCUUUGGAGGACCGGUUGGUCCUUGAAGCCCGCAAGGGGCCGAAACCGAAUUGAAGAAUCAGGCGGGAUCAUCCGCGAUUGGAAUUACUUCUGGACCCUUUGUCACUGGUUAUUCGGGGAGGCAUAGCAACUACACCGAAGGGGAAGGGGAACAAGGACAUCACCACCACUGUCAGCCGCCGUCGUCCUUUCACCGUCGGAAAAGCUGGACAAGAAGUCUCUCCUCUUAGUUGGAAGUGCACUACAUACAGCUCACUUUCGAACGCAAUGUUCGUUACACGUCGCUCAGCGGCUGAAGUGGCCUUCCGCUCUUUGCGCCAGUAUCCGAGAACCGCCUCCGCCAGCCCCCGGCCGAGCCGGCCCUAUCAUUCUUACGACCACCUGGAUUCGACACCGUCCUUCCACUCACACGAGCAGACGAUUCUGUCGGCCGCCUACAAGCACGUGCCCGAACACGGCUUCUCGUACAAGGCCCUCGCUCUCGGCGCUCGGGACACCGGCUACCUCGACAUCAGCACCAGCGUGCUGCCGGACGGCCCUUUCAGCCUAAUCCGCUACCACCUCGUGACGAGGAGAGAGGGUCUGGCCGCCAAGAGCAGUCAGGUGCCCGGGGGAAGCUCGCAAACUGGUGUUCAGGAGAAAGUCGAGCGUCUCACGUGGGAGCGGUUAUUGGAAAAUGAGCCCAUCAUCGAUCGGUGGCAAGAGGCAUUGGCUGUUAUGGCGCAACCGAGCUAUGCGCCAGUUUCGAUUAGGGAAUUGGCCAAACUGGCAGACGAGAUCUUGUUCCUUUCUGGCGACACUUCCGUUGACCCUUCAUGGUACACCAAGCGCGCGAGCUUAUCCAUGAUCUACGCCUCGAGCGAGCUGUUCAUGACCAACGACAGAUCCGUCAAUUUUCGAGAUACGAGAGACUUUCUUCGGCGGAGACUGAACGAGGUCGAGGACGCUGGCGGUGUCUUGGGCUCCGUCGGACAGUGGGUUGGCUUUACAGCCAGCGCGGGCAUCAAUGUCUUGAGAAGCAAAGGACUUCGGCUUUAGGUCUGCUGUACUCGAUGGCACCUGCGGGCCGCUGUACAAUAUUGUGGAGGGAUUUUCCCCCAACCCAUC